ACUUUCACCACCUCAUAAUCUUGUGACUUCCUCGUUACUUUUAGAAAGAAAAAAAGAAGAAAUUAUAACCAACCAGAGUUUCAGCAUUUACAUGUAGUCUGUGAGAGCUGACCCUUUAGGAAACAGUUGGCCACCUUAUGAGCGAUGGAGGAAAUCUACGCCGAUGUUGAAUAUGACACGUCUGUUGACCCAGGACCUUCAACCAAUCCCACAGGUAAGACUGUUCAGUCAGUCUGUGUAUCAUCAUCUGAUCACUGUUGACUGUAUGUCUCUGUGUUCAGGUCCCAGGAGCUCAGAGAGGAGAUUUCAUAGAGCUGUUGUUCUCUGUCUGGGUCUGCUGAGUGUUUUCCUGCUGGCUAAACUCAUCAGCCUCGGUGUCCACUGCGCACUUCGUGGUUCAGAUGCAGAUAUGUCCACUAUCAAAGCCAACCUGACUGAGCGUCUCCAGGCCAGCGAAAACAAGCUGUCCUCCGUGUCUGCAGAGAGAGACCUGCUGAACGCCAGCCUCACUGAAAUGACUCAAGAGUUGGACAGGCUUCAGAGUUUGUCCAAAGAGAGUGCAGAUCUGUCCACUAUCAAAGCCAACCUGACUGAGCGUCUCCAGGCCAGCGAAAACAAGCUGUCCUCCGUGUCUGCAGAGAGAGACCUGCUGAACGCCAGCCUCACUGAAAUGACUAAAGAGUUGGACAGGCUUCAGAGUUUGUCCAAAGAGAAUGCAGAUCUGUCCACUAUCAAAGCCAACCUGACUGAGCGUCUCCAGGCCAGUGAAAACAAGCUGUCCUCCGUGUCUGCAGAGAGAGACCUGCUGAACGCCAGCCUCACUGAAAAAACUAAAGAGUUGGACAAGCUUCAGAGUUUGUCCAAAGAGAAUAAAACGUGUCCUGCAGGAUGGACGAUGUUCAGUUCAGCCUGUUACCUCCUCUCUGGUGGGACUGGUUCCUGGGAUAAAGGCAGAGAUGACUGCAGAAACAGAAGCGCAGAUCUGGUGACGAUUGACAGCGUUAAAGAGCAGACGUUUCUCUUUGGGCUCACCAAGAAAAGGCCUUGGAUUGGUUUGAAUGACAAAGAUGUGGAGGGGACCUGGAAAUGGAUCGAUGGAACUCCACUGACUCUGAUGAACUGGGCGUGGAAACAGCCGGAUAAUGGUGGUGGAGAUCCAAAGUUCGGCGAAGAGGACUGUGCACAUAUCAGACCUGAUAUAACUCGGUGGAAUGACGUGUCGUGUGAAUCUGCUAUGCCGUGGAUCUGUCGCAGGAGCUCAGAGAGGAGAUUUCAUGGAGCUGUUGUUCUCUGUCUGGGUCUGCUGAGUGUUUUCCUGCUGGCUGGACUCAUCGGCCUCGGUGUCCACUACUCAACUCGUGGUUCAGGUGCAGAUCUGUCCACUAUCAAAGCCAACCUGACUGAGCGUCUCCAGGCCAGUGAAAACAAGCUGUCCUCCGUGUCUGCAGAGAGAGACCUGCUGAAUGCCAGCCUCACUGAAAAGACUAAGGAGUUGGACAGGCUUCAGAGUUUGUCCAAAGAGAAGGGAGUUUGUCCUGCAGGAUGGAGGGGGUUCAGUUGUGCCUGUUAUCUCCUCUCUGAAGAGUCUGGUUCCUGGGAAAAUGGCAGAAAGGACUGCAAAAAAAGAGAAGCAGAUCUGGUGGUCAUCGGCAGCUCUGAAGAACAGAUGUUCCUGUCUAACUUCACUGAGACAGAAACUCAGGCUUGGAUUGGCCUGACCGACAGUGUCGAGGAGAGGAAAUGGAUGUGGAUCGAUGGAGCUCCGCUGUCUCUAAACAUGAUUACCCUCAUCGUCAUAUUCGCGGCCCUCAUCAUCCUCAUCUUAUCCUUGUCCUUCUCAGGCACCUUGUCCGAGCUGAUGAGCAGCAACACGUCGCCCACCGCCAACCUCGGCGAGGAUGUGCUCCUCAGCUGCAUCCUGAACAAAGAGAGUGGACAGACCAAACUCAGCAAAGUGUCAGUCACCUGGAUGAGGGGCCUGACGGAAGAAGUUUACCGGUACAAGAACGGAGGUCCGGCUCUUGACGACCAGAACUCACAGUUUAAAGGGAGGGCUCAGCUCUUCCCCGAUGCUUUGGUCACGGGGAACGCCUCCCUGCUGCUGAGGGACACGAGACGCAGUGACGAGGGCAUGUACACCUGCAGCUUCAGCUCCUCUGGUGGCGGAGGAUGGAUCAAAGUUCACCUCAGAGUAGCAGCCUUUUCAGCCCCCACAUUUAAAUUCUCCAAUGGCGUCCUGACUGCCGAGGCGAGCAGGUGGUUCCCUAAACCAAACGUGACCUGGACGGACUUUGAGGGGAACGUCUUGAGCGGAAGCACGAGCUUCGCUCAAAAUUCUGCGGGGAUAUUCAGCGUAGUCAGCACGCUGCCGUCAGUAAACGUCAGCGACACCUACACCUGCACGAUUCAAAAUGACCUGGUGACCGCCGUCUCUGCAGCAUCCAUAACAGCAACAGACCCUGGUGUUUCAGUAAAAACAUACUUCGUCUACAGCGCUGCAUCAUCCCUGCUGGCAUCAACGUACCUGAGCAUUACGACCAGCAUCCUCUGCAUCUAUUAUCUCAUCUAAUUAUCUCUUUGUGUGUGCAUGUGUUGCUCUUCGUUUUUUAAUUAAUUAUAAUGGGUGUUGUUACCGUGUAACAGAAAUUUAACUCUUGUGGUGCAUUUUCUCAAUCAACAUUUUCUUUUUACUUUCUCGGAUGUAUGUGUCAUGUUUUAAGUGAAGGCAUCUUGAUUAUUUAUCAGUAAAUGUUUUUAAAUUCUUUUCAGCUUGAGUGUUUUUUAUUCAUUUAUUAUUUAUACUUUCUGUACAACAUAAAAUCGGAUGAAUCGCCAUCUAUGUGGAGAAACCGCAGAAAAAUAAGACAAAUAUAAAGAAAUUAAACAAUAUAUAACAUUUCAGCGUAUAUAAUGACCUUAUGAAAUUAGUACCCUACUGUUUUUGUUAAUUAAUAAAUACAAUGAAUUUGAAAUUGAA